AUGUCCAACAAGUGCGGUUCCUGUGAAAAGCCCGUCUACGCCGCUGAGGAGCGGCGUUUUGGAGACGUUGCCUACCACAAGCAAUGCUUCAAAUGCUCGAUGUGCAACAAACCGGUGGACAGCACAACUGGCGCUCAGCAUGAACGCACCCUCUACUGCAAGACCUGCCACGGCCGAGAAUUCGGACCGAAGGGCUACGGCUUCGGACAGGGCGCAGGGGUCUUGAACACCGAAAAGGCCAAGGGGCCUGGCUCGGACGGUGCUGCUGCGUGA